CAGCUAGCUUUGGGUGUGUUCAUCCUGAAAGUGCAACAUGCUUUGAUUUGGUGUAAAAUGUGUUGGAAAUUUUUGUUUUGAAUGUUAUGUUUACAAGCAAUGUUAUUAAAAUUAUUUAUACAUAUCUGAGAGUGUGUAAGUCAUGAUGAAAAGUGCGCAUUUUACAUUUGUUUGUAUUCUUUUGAUCGGUUUUACAUAUUUAAAAGCCGAUGAUGAAUGUAAUGAACCCCUUCUUGUAAAUGCCAAAAUUUAUGCCUCAUCGUCAAUGUCUAAUGAUAGAGGUCCUGAAAAAGCUAGGUUAGAUGGUCUGUACUCAUGGACUGCAGGUUAUAAUGAUUAUUUUCAAUAUUUAACAUUUAAUUUACGUAAGAGAAAAAUAAUUAAUUUGAUUGCUACUCAAGGACGUUCACAUACUAUGGAAUUUGUUUCUGAAUAUUGUAUUCAAUAUGGUUAUGAUGGAGAUGCCUGGAGAACUUAUACUUAUCCAGAUGGUGAAACACAGCUGUUUAGUGGUAAUGUAGAUGGAGAUUCUAUUAAAUUCAAUAAAUUUGAUUCACCUAUUAUUGCCCAGUGGAUUCGUAUUAAUCCAACUAGAUGGAGAGACAGAAUAUCUUUGAGAGUAGAGCUUUAUGGAUGUAACUAUGUGAGUGAAAAUAUAAAUUUUGAUGGACAAAGUUAUUUUAGUAAAGAGCUCUAUUAUGGAAUAUCAAGUGAAUAUGAAAAUAUAAGAUUUAGAUUUCGAACAAAUGAAGCAGAUGGAAUUAUUUUGUACAGCAAAGGCAGCCAAGGAGAUUUUUUUGCUUUGCAGUUGAUCCAUAACAAACUUCUUCUAAAUGUUGAUUUGGGUGGUGAAGGAAUGAUUACAAGCGUGUCAGUUGGUAGUUUAUUAGAUGAUAACAUGUGGCAUGAUGUUUACAUUGUAAGGAAAAACAGAGAUAUUACUUUCUCAGUUGACAGAGUUGUUCUUCCUGCAAAAAUUCGUGGCGAUUUCUUAAAAUUAGAUAUAAAACGAGAAAUUUUUGUUGGUGGAGUUCAAAAUUUUAACCAAGUUGGAUUGGUUGCAACUAAGAAUUUUACUGGCUGCAUAGAAAAUCUUUUCUUCAAUAACACUAAUUUUAUUGCUGAAUUAAAGGAAAAAAAGCCCCAAUACAGACAAUAUGGUGAUCUCACUUUCACAUGCCAGUAUGAACAAGUCAUUCCAGUCACAUUUGCUACUUCUGAAGCUCAUCUGAAACUGUCAGGUUACAAGCAGCCUGUUAUGAACUGUAGUUUUGAUUUUAGGUCAUUCAAUGAAGAUGGUCUUCUUCUCUAUAACAAGUUUUCUCAAGACGGAUUUGUAAAGGUGUAUCUUGAAAAAGGCAAAAUUAAAAUUGAACUGCAAGGACAAAAUACUCCUGCAGUUGCAACUCAAGCUUCUGACAGGUAUCUAACUGAUGGAUUAUGGCAUAGAAUUAUGCUUAUUCUUGAGAAGAAUCAUAUUGAACUUCAUGUUGAUGAAGUACCAAGUAUAACUACAAAACAAUUUUCAAUGCUGACAGGGGAUGAAUAUUUGGUUGGAGGUGGUCUUUAUGGAACUAAAGGCUUUAUUGGGUGCAUGAGGUACAUUCACAUUGAAGGUCAUUAUAUUAGAGUCACUUCCUUGCCAAGUCAUCGUUAUUCUUCUGAAGGAGUGGUUUUUGAUGCCUGCCAAAUGACUGAUAGAUGUAACCCAAAUCCUUGUGAACAUGGCGGAAUAUGUAAACAAAAUUGGGAAGAAUUUAAAUGCGAUUGUGAUGGAACUGGUUAUUCUGGAGCUGUUUGCCAUAUCCCUGUAAAUUCUUUAUCCUGUGAAGCUUACAAAUUAUCACAUCCUAGAACUAGAAGAGUAGAUAUCAACAUUGAUAUAGAUGGAAGUGGACCUUUAGAUUCGUUUCCUGUUACAUGUGAAUAUCCAUUUGAAGGUGCUGCUGUUACAAUUUUGCAUCACAAGAAUGAAAGACCUACAGAUGUUAAAGGUUUCAGUAAACCUGGAAGUUUUAUUCAGAACAUCAUCUAUAAUGCUGAAAUGGAACAAAUUAUCCAGCUUGUCAAUCGAUCGUAUAGCUGUCGGCAGAACUUGCGUUAUGAAUGUUAUAAAACAAGGCUUUUCAAUUCUCCAGCUUCUGAACCUGCUCCUUUUGAACCUUUUUCUUGGUGGGUAAGUCGAAAUAACAGACAAAUGGAUUAUUGGGGUGGAUCUUUACCUGGUUCAAGAAAAUGCAAUUGUGGACUGUAUGGAACUUGCAAAGAUCCAACAAAAUGGUGCAAUUGUGAUUCAGAAGGCUAUGACAAGGAUGGAUGGUUAUCUGAUGAGGGAGAUUUAACUCAAAAAGAGUUUUUGCCAGUAAGACAACUACGUAUUGGUGACACUGGAACAACUUUAGAUGAUAAAAAGGGUCGUUACUAUUUAGGACCCCUUAUCUGUGAAGGAGAUACUCUUUUUGAUAACACAGUUACUUUCUACUAUGAAGAUGCAACCAUUGAUCUUCCUACUUUUGACAUGGGUCAUUCUGGUGAUAUAUAUUUCCAGUUCAAGACUACUGCUGAAAAUGGAGUUUUAGUUAGCAGUAGAGGUCCAACUGAUUACAUCAAAAUAAUGCUUGUAGAAGGAGAUCAAAUACAGUUUCAGUAUCAUGCAGGCAAUGGUCCUCUUGGAGUAAGUGUCGAAACUUCUUACAAGCUGAAUGACAAUAACUGGCAUUCUGUUUUGGUUGAACGUAACAGGAAGGAGGCUCGUGUCGUGGUUGAUGGGAGCUUAAGUGGUGAGAUAAAGGAAAGAACAGGACCUGUUCGAGCUUUGUAUCUCACUAGCAAACUUGUAAUAGGUGCAACUGUUGAAUAUAGAGAAGGCUUUGUGGGUUGUAUGCGAGCACUUAUGUUAAAUGGUGCUGUUGUAGAUCUGCAGCGUUUAGCUGUGGAUUAUCCAUAUGGUAUUGCAAAUGGAUGUGUUGGUAAAUGCCAGAGUAGCCCAUGCUUAAAUAAUGGUACAUGCAUUGAAGGGUAUUCAAGCUAUGUUUGUGAUUGUCAAUGGACAGGAUUUAAAGGUCCUAUUUGUGCUGAUGAAAUUGGAGUGAAUCUGCGUUCUGACAGCUAUAUUCGGUAUAAUUUUGAGAAUUCUAUUUCAACUUUGGAGGAAUACAUUCGGGUAGGUUUCACUACUACAGAUAAAACUGGAAUGAUAGUUGGAAUAUCAUCAUAUAGUGAAGAAUAUUUGAAUUUAAUGAUGUCCACUAGUGGCCACCUUCGUCUAGUAUUUGACUUUGGCUUCGAAAGACAAGAAAUAAUCAUAAAAAAUGAGAAUUUUGCUUUGGGACAACAUCAUGAUUUACGAAUUCUUAGAAGUGACAAAGGAGCUACAGUGACAAUAUAUGUUGACAAUUAUGAACCUAUUAUACAUACAUUUAAGAUAGACGAAAAAGCCGAUGCACAAUUUAAUCGAUUAAAAAGCAUAUAUGUUGGAAGAAAUGAAUCUAUGGGAACUGGAGAAGGUUUCAGUGGUUGUAUUUCUCGUGUUCAGUUUGAUGACCACUUUCCUCUGCGAAGAUUAUUUCAAGAAAGCCGACGGUCAAAUGUCUGGGCUGUUCCAGAGGACAUACGAGAAGAUGAUUGUGGUAUUGAACCAGUUACUCAUCCUCCAGAAAUUAGGCAGACUCGUCCACCACCAACAUUGCCACCUGGAGUCAGCAUUGAGGCUUAUACAGCCGGUGGAGAUGAUUCUGCCAUAUUAGGAGGUAUAUUAGCAUUAAUUUUUAUCGCCUUGAUCCUGAUGGCGGUUUUGAUUGGGCGUUACAUGUCCAGACACAAGGGUGAAUACAAAACUCAUGAAGAUACUGGUGCAAAAGAUGCUCCAGAUGCUGAUACUGCUGUGCGGUUGGGUAAAACUGGCCAUGGUGUGCCCAAGAAAGAAGAAUGGUUUAUAUGAGAAAUGUUUUUAGGACUGAAAGCUAAGAAACAUAACAAUGAAGUACAAUAGGAAGAUAAUAUUGUGUGUCCCUUUAUGGGUCAUGCUAUUGCCUUGCUCAACAAAUCGUGUUAUAAAAGGGGUUAAGGGAUUACAGAUCCUCUAUAUCUGUAAAUUAUUGUGAUAUUGAUUGUAUGUGUUCAUAGUCAAUAUCGCGAGGGUGAAGAUAAAUGUAUGUAGUGUGCACUGGUCUAAAGGAAAAUAUUUUGUUUAUUUUUCUGCACUAUAUUUCAGGAUAAUAUUUUUCAUAACCAUAUAUUCUUUUGACUUGACUUCACGAUUAUUUUGCAAUACUUUGUGUGCAUUCUCUCAUUUUUCAUGGAAUUUUACAUUUUUCUAAUAUCAGAUAAUAUAAUGAAUAUUUUUACACUGCCAUCAUCCAUAGAUUUCUGUUUCUUUACUUUUCCAAGAGUAGGUAAAUCUCAAAGUAAUGUAAUUUAUUGAAAUGUUAGAUAUGAACAUUCUAAAUUUCUUCUACUAAUCAAAACCUUUUUUUAGCAAUUUCGUAAAGUUAUGAUAUUUAUUAAAAAAAUUUAUUUUUAAAAUCAGAAUAUAUAUAUCUAUUUUUGUUGUAUUGGGAUUUUUUUUGGACUUAUUUAUUUUUUUUAGUAAUGAAUUUUAUCAUGAUUUUUAUUUUAAUUUCGUUUUGUCUUGUUUUUGCUUUACUGCUUGUGCAUUCUUUGUCACUGUCAAAUAACUAUUGCAUUUAGUUGAGAAUCUGUACUUGGCCAAAGUAAGCUUUCAUGGCAAAAAUCUGGCUAAAAACUUAGUUUAAGAUCUUUAAUAUUUUGUAAAUAAUUUGAUAAUAUAUUAGAUUUGUAUUUUAAUUAGUGUUUUAUAAUUUUACUAAUUUCUAGUGUAAUAUAGAUCAUAUUUAUGAAAAAUAAAAUAAAAUAUUAUAAUGCACUGUGGGUAUAGGAAAAAUUGAAGAAAAAAAUGAUAUAUGUUACAGUUUAUAUAUAAUAGGGAACUUUACUAUUCCGGUGAUAGAAUGAUCUGAAAUUUUAUAAUAUAGUUUUAUUUGUAUUUAUAUUUUCAUUGUGUUACAUUUUGUAUAAUUUACAGUCAUCCUUAAAUUUUUGAAUCUCAAUCAUAUCAUAUUUGUAUAUAUGCCACAUCGAAAUCUUUAUCAUUAGAAUUAUAUCUAUCAAAAUCACUCUUCCACAAUUUUACUGUUAAAAAAAGAGGAAAUGUAUAUUAACAUGCAUUUUUUAAUAAAAUAUUUCCAAUUUAAAUUCUUUCUACUAGUACUCCUAAUUAUUUUAUAAAAUUCUAAAGUUACUACUUUUAAUAUAUAGUAUUUGAAUCUCAAAGUCUCAUUUUAACAUGGUGCUUAAUGAAGAGUUUUAUUUCAUUUUUUUUCCUUUGUUAGACGUCCAUUUUUUUUUUUUUCCUUCUUUUGUGAUUUAAUAUCCGUCCUUUUGUUUUCUUUGAUAUAGAGGAAAUUUUCUCUAAAUGAAAUGCAUUUUGAGUUUUACAUUCGUUCUUUAUAAAUACAAAUGUAUAUAGUAUUUAGUAAAUAGUUAAAAAUAUAAAAUUGAAAGCAUUGAUAUUAUUGUUAAAAUUGUUAUGAUAUUAUGAUGAUGAAUUGUUAUCCAAUAUUAAUGAAAGGUAGGCUGUGGGAUGGGUUUAAUAUUUGUGAUAUUUUGAUUUAUUUUGGUUGUAUCUUGUUUUAUUCCAUUUAUAUUUAAUGUCUCCAUCUUUCUCUGCCCAUUUUCGUUAUGUAAAAGUUUUAAAAUAAUAUAUUUGAUAUGCAUAUAGCUUUUUCAGAGUUGGGUAUGUUUUCCUCUGUUAGUUGAGCUUGAAAAAAUUUCAUGAUACUAUUUUAUAAUUUAAAUUUUGUAUUGCUUUUAUUAUUUUAACCUGUGAAUAAUUGUAAUUAGUUUUCUACAUUUAUUCAUUAUAGAAAAUGUUAAAAGUAAAAAAACAAUUGUACCAUUUAACACCCAGUCUUUUCUAAUUAGUAAACAUUUUUAUAUUUAUUAUAAUUGUACUAAUUAUAAUUAUAAUUGGUUUUCUACAUUUAUGCAUUGUAGAAAAUGUUAAAAGUAAAAAAAAUUGCAUCAUUUAACACCCAGUCUUUUAUAAUUUGUAAACAUUUUUAUAUUUAUUUAUUUAUAUUUUAUUAUUAAAUAUAGAUUAUUUUAAUGUGACUUUAUAUGCGAAAUUUCACAAAUCUUUUAUUAUAUGUUAUUACAAAAUCGAUUAUUUUAAUGUAAAUAUUUAAAAUGUGAAUAAUUAUAUUCUUUUAAAAAUUCAUUUCAUAUAUGAGAAAUCUUUUAAGAUUAAAAAGAAUGUUGAAUUUAUCUUUUAGAAAUUCUUUCCUUCUCUAGAAUUAUUAUUUUUAAUUUCUAAUCUGUGGUUGGAGGGAUUUGAAUUUGACAUAAAAUUCAGUUUGCAAAUUUUUUUAUAUUUUUGUCUUUUGAGGAGAUGGUUGAAAAAAUGAUUUUUUUAAAUAAACUACACUCAGGUAAAAUUUUAUCUGAAUAUAGUUUAUUUGAUGUAUCUUUUAUUCAUCAAUAAUACUUGAUGAUUUUUUUUAUGUGCACUUGUUAAUAUAACAAUAUUUUAUAAUAAAAAACUUCAAAUUUGGAUACAAUAUUUGUCUUUUUUGGCAUGCUAUAUUGUUCUAAUUACAAGAAUUUUAGACCACCAAUAUGUUAUUUUUUUUAAUUAAUAAAUAUUUGAAAAUUAAAAAGAGAAGGAAUUGCAUGCUUUGCUAUUUAUAAUUCAUUGUAACGUUUCUCUUAGGUUGUGAUGUAUGAACUAUAUUUUGAAGACACUAAAAUUUAUGAAUUUUCUUUGAAGUUAUGAAUUUACACAAAAUAAUCAUUUAUAACCUUAAUAUUUAUUACUUAUGCUUGUGCCUUCUAUUAUCUAUAAAAGAGAGAGAUGAAAGCGAUUCAUUUGUGUCAUGAAUGACUGGGUGUUCAUUUUGUUUAAACUAGUCCUACAAAAUAUUUAAAAAAUUCUUUUUCAAUGAAUAUGUAUUUUAGUUCAUGUGCAGUAAAUGUAUCUGUAGUACAUUCCAUUUUUGUUUUUACAAUUGCAAAAUGUUAUUUAGAAAUUUUUGAAAUUUCUUUACAAUAUACAAAAUUUUUUCUGUAACUGCAAUUUUAUUUUAU